AGUAAUCACAUAAAGAUAAUUGCUAUGCAAAAUGGCUGACGACAGGGCGUGUGUUCCACAACUGUCUGAAUUUUACAGUUGUUUGGGAACGUCUGGACGCGAUUUAUCGCAAUGCAAUCGCGAAUUAAGCGCGCUACGCCAGUGUAGCGAAGGAGACAAGAAGGAAAACUACUGUGUAAAUGAGAUUACACGUUUACUUAGGUGUACCAAGACACCUGAUUCUACUGGAUGUGCAAAGGAGUUUAUUGCAUUUCGUGAAUGUAACAGGCCAGGCGGUCCCGAGAUAGCAAUCAAGGACAGGAUGUACACGAUUAACAGGGAACACAUGCACAAGUACAACGUGACAUCUGAUGUGCUCUGUCCAGUGACAGCACCUAGGCGCGAAGGAAAUAUUCUUCGUAACACCAUCAACCGCCUUCGCGCAGCUUGUGGAUUCAAAAACUUCGAGGAGAAUUUCAGCCCGAAGGUGAAGAUAUGAGGUACCUCUCCCCUUCGAACAGUCGAUGCAACAGGUAGUAACCCGUUACAUCUAAAUCGGAACACGAAAUAAUAUUAUGCGCUAUGA